AAAAUGGCGAAUUACAACGGCCCGUUGUACGAGAGAGCAUGUUCUGUGUUUCAAAGACGAGUCAAGCAAGUCUAUUUUCAACUGAAUCCAUUUCUAGAGAGAACUAAUUUGAAAGACGAAGAAGCUGAAUGUUAUCAACCAAGUAGUAAAUUCGUAAUACCAUUGUCCUCAAUUGUUGUUUGUGAACAGUUUGAUUCAGAUGAAGCUCUAGAUUGGAAAGUUUUAAAUCCAGAAGAAUUUUGGGAAUAUCUCUAUUCAGAUGGUUGGGCAGACGACUGUUCUUUGCGAGUAUUAGAAGGCGAACUUCUAGAGCUACUGAAAACGAUAUUAUGUGUUUUGGAGAAAAAUGAAGAGGUAACAAGUCACAAUACGUUUGCAUAUGCGAAAAAUAAAAGACGAGUCCACAGGUGUUAUGUGAACUCUCAAGAUGCUAAAGAAGAAUUUACAGAUCAAACAUUACUGGUAGAAUUUAUAUAUUAUGGUGUAAAUCAGAAGAUGAGUAAUGAAAAGAAGAAAAGGGAAACAUUAGUAAGUUGGAGAGAUUAUAAAGAAAUGGCUGCUAAGGCUGCUGGACUUACCAGGUUGAUAGAUAUAGUCGAUCUUAUGGAAUCCAACAAGAAAAAGAAGAAAACAGGUGAUUUUAUGUCUUUGGUCCGUGCACCUAAAUCAACAUAUAUUGGAGCUCAGACAGAGAAUAAAGAUGUAAGGAUGGAAACAUUAACAGCUAUGAGAUGGGCUGAGGGGUUUCGAGCAAUGAAUAACUCAAGAAGACGUAGUCAAUUGAUGCAAUCACCCCCAACCAUUGGAUCAGGUUCAACAAUUCUACCUUCGUCGGAUCAACUUAGCACUAUUACAAUCGAACAAAAUGCAUCCACAAUAUCGGGCAAUGGCAGUGAACGUUUAGCUAAAAUGGAUGAAAUAUUAUUUGAUAAAUCGAAAAAAGUAGGUCGAUCCCGCCGCGCCAACACAUUCUUUGGAGGUUUGGUCGGCAGAAGAGUACCGCCCGGUGAUGAGUUUUAUAUCAAUCAACUUACCCCAAAACAUACAGAACCUUUUCAAGCUUCCGAAUAUCUACGAAAACUGAAGCAAGAAAGAAUGACAGAAAGAGAAAGGGAAAUAGAGGAGGUCAAACAUCUUACUGAUAAAAUGAAAGAAAAUAAACUAGAAUGCAUUGAUGACUCCCGUCAAUCAUCUGAUGGAUCAUACAAACCCCUCAUGAGAAUCUAUGAUAGAAGAGUGUCAUUCGGGGAGUUCUAUCGUUUUCUUCAAGAUGAAAAUAAAUAUGAUCCACGAUUUAAAAAGGGGGCUUCAAAGAAAAAGAAACUAUCAGAUGGUAUAAAGGUCCGGAGAUCUACAAGUAUCGGAAUAAAAAAGAGUUCCAGAGCAACCGCUGUCGUGGAAAAACCGUCCAAAAAGAUCGUAACUGAUAGACAAAGGUUUGCUAAUAUGGUUGGAGGUGUAACUGAUAGUGAUGCUGCAAAAAAUCAUUGUCUUAAAAAUGUUAGCUCUGAUCACAAAACUGAAGGACACGUGAUUACCAAACCACCAUCUUCAGUAGGACGGGGAAGACGUCAAAACUCGAUGUUCUCUGAUACAGUCCCAAAAACUUCCCACAGGCGUUUUGAUGAACAGUUUUAUACUACCUUACCCAAAAUAACCUCGCCUAUUUACGAAGGAGUUUCCCGAGUUGAGAGUAUCGGUGAAAAAUACACGCCAAUGGGGAACGUUGGAGAACGACAAAAUCGCGGAUAUAGAGGUGGAUAUAGCAAGAGAAUACCAACAGCAACAACUGGAGAUAGUGAUUCCGAUGUAGAAUCUUUAGACUCGCCUGUUUACGAUGAAGAAGAUGAUUUUGAAGAUACCGUUUUUGAUUCCAAUAAACUUAACCGCAAGUACAGUAUUGAGAAAAUCAAAGCCAUGAAAUCUAAGAAGGAAAAGAAACCCCCAGUUUUAAAUAUCCUCAAAAAGUUUUGUCGAGUGAAUAAGAUGAUGACCAAUUUAGGUCCAAAACCUAGUAAAACCCCUCGUAAAUCUGUUGCUGAUGCAAAUAAAGCAAAACAGUCUGCUAAAGCAUUUGGUAUGUUCCGUCGAUUAAACAAAAAAGGCUUGCCAGAAGUUAAACCAAAAACAGAAAUAGGUAAAAUGAAGCAUUUCGAAUUUUUAAAACACAAAGAUUAUGAGCUAAAAAUACCAGAUGUAGUUAAACCUGAUUUCAAAACUUCAUCAAUCGAGAACUUCAAAGACAAUCUAUUACAAGCAAUGGAUUAUUUUGUUAUACGUAAAGAAAUGAUAACUUCCAGUCAUAAUUAUGAAACUGUUACUACUAUAACAUUCACCCGUCCAGAGGCUUAUGUUAGAUUACAUCAAGUGCCUAAAGAUUCCUGAUAAUAUCAUCUGUAUUGUUUGUUGAUCAUAUCUUGAUAAUAAUAAUAAAAAAAUAUUUUCGUA